AUGGAAGAACGGAAGGGAUUAGAGUUGCUGGAGGUUGCUCGCUCGUUCGGUUAUGGAACUGGGGAUAUGUUGCGUUUUGCAGUUGUGUUUGGGUUAAGUGCGGUUGGCAGGGGUGGGGAAGAGGGUGUGAAAUUGGGUGAAAAUGGUGACAUCAGCAACAGCAGCUUCUACGGCCCCAUCAACAGCAACUUCCGCAGCAUGAUUCCUGACAACGGCGCUCUGCUCAACAUCGCAGGCAACUUCUUCUAUAGCGACCCCAUGCUCUACGCCGAUGGCUGCCAGUUCUGCCCCUCGGGGGUCAUCCAGCCCCUUGUUUUAACACUAGACGACCUCACCGGACCCUCUGGAGGCCGGUGUGGACCCCAGGGGUUGGGAGGAUUUGUUGAGACAACACGUGCAGGGGCCAACAAGCGGGCUGAGGCGAGUCUGCGGCGGAAUUGCUUCACAUUGAACAAGCAGAUGGAGUGCACGGCGAACGAGACGCAGCGCAGCAGCGACGAGUGCCUGGCAUUCUGCAGCAUGUCGCGGGAGCUGGGGCAGUGCGACGGGCACGGAGCGUGUGUGCCGCCGCAGGCGGGGGCAGCAGAGGCGCGCUUCACGUGUGAGUGCGACGACGGCUUCGUCCCCACCAACGGCACCCUCGGCUCCACCUGCGCCCGCCCUGCUCCGCUCCCUCCACAAGCGCUCUCCACGGGCGCAGUGGUCGGCAUCGCUGUGGGCUCUGCUGCCGCUUUUGCGCUCCUCCUCACUCUUGUUUUCACGCUGCUCUGGCCCCGCCAACGAAGGAAGUGGGGCGACCUGGACGUGUGUCACGAGUUCAGCAUCGGGGAGAUUCUGCGGGCGACAGACCACUGGUCGAGUGCGAGUGUGUUGGGGAAGGGCGGCUUUGCCACGGUGUACAAGGGCGUGUCGGAGAAGGGCGAGCCAUGGGCCAUCAAGCGCAAUGAGCUCAUGUCCAACGACUUCGAGAAGGAGGUGCGGGCGAUGGCGUCGCUGCGGCAUGAGCACGUGGUGCGCCUGUUGGGAUUCUGCCUGCAUCAGAACGUGGAGAGCGGCCAGCAGGAGCAGAUUCUCGUCUAUGAGUUCGUGCCAAACGGGGAUCUCAAGUUCCACAUCCACGACUCAAAGAGUAAGCUCCCAAUGCAUGUGCUCUCCCAUGGGGACCUCAAGUACCACAUCCACGACUCCAAGAGCGUAGCGACCCACCCCCGUCCCCCCACCCAGCAUCCCCCUUGCCCCACCCCAUGCAUGGCAGGCGACGCGCAAGGUGCAGGCGCAGCGCGCAAGGUGCAGGCGUACGAGUUCAGCUCGCUGAAGGACGCGGCACUGGAGGCCUCGGAGGAUGCGGUGGUGGAGUUUGACGACAUCGCUCUCGACUGCGUCAAGGUGCCCGGCUCCCGCCGCCCCCCCAUGAAGGACGUCGCCCGCCGCCUGCAGGCCCUCCUCUCUAAAUACUGCAGCGAAGGGACCUGCAACCCCCAUGAACCGAGCACACGCAUGACGGAGACCAUGGAGGAGAGCCUGGAAAAGCUCACGGGUGGUGGCACCGGUGGUGACAUGGACACUUUUGGCAAGAUAGAUAUUUCGGAGGAGUUUCAGGCAUUUCACGCGUGCCCCCCCAUGAAGGACGUCGCACGCCGCCUGCAGGCGCUCCUCUCCAGGCAUUGCAGCGAGGGAGAGUGCGCCCCCCUUGAACCGAGCAUGCCCGUGAAGGAGAGCACAAACGAGACUAUGGAGGAGAGCCUGGAGAGGCUCACGGGUGGUGGCAGGGAUAGGAGUGGGAUUUCAGAGGAGUUCUAA